CCUAGUCUCCAGCUGAUAGGAAUCGAGUCAAUCGAAGUCGUUGGAGGCACUGCCAGUGGCACCGACAAUUCAAUUAUAUUCAUAAUUUUCGUUAGUUACGUCGAUUGAAAGCAUAUAAAAUGCUGUCGAACUGUGCCGUCAAAACACUGGCCGCUGUCCGGGGCAGCCUGCGCGCCAUUGCCACCAGCAGUGCACAGCGGAGCGACAAUCUGUUCGUGCAUCGCGAUACACCCGAGGAUAAUCCGAGUAUACCGUUCGAGUUCAAUGCGGAAAACAAGAAACGUGUGGACGCCAUACUGAGCAUCUAUCCGGAGGGACACAAGCGAGGUGCAAUGAUUCCGUUGCUGGAUCUGGCACAGCGUCAAUAUGGCUGGCUGCCCAUCUCGGCCAUGCACAAGGUGGCCGAGAUUCUUGGCCUGCCCAAUAUGCGUGUUUACGAGGUGGCCACCUUCUACACAAUGUUUAUGCGCAAGCCAACGGGCAAAUAUCACAUUCAGGUGUGCACAACAACACCAUGCUGGCUGCGUGGCUCCGAUGCCAUUCUGGACACGUGCAAAAAGCAGCUGGGCAUCGGUGUCGGUGAGACCACAAAGGAUAAAAAGUUUACCAUCUCCGAGGUGGAGUGUCUCGGUGCUUGCGUCAAUGCGCCCAUGGUGUCCGUCAACGAUGACUACUAUGAGGAUCUAACCGCUAAGGAUAUGCAAGAAAUAUUGAGUGAUCUUAAGGCCGAUAAGAUCUCACCACCUGGUCCACGCAAUGGUCGCUUUGCCAGCGAGCCCAAGGGAAAUCCAACUUCCCUUUCCGAGGAGCCAAAGGGACCCGGUUUCGGUCUGCAAGCGGGCCUCUAAACAACAACGAUUCCUAGCUUAACUUCAACUCUGUACACAUAAUUAAUUUUGUUCUCCUUUUCUGUGUCAUGAGUAACACUCACACACACACACACACAUACACACACACACAAAUGGCUGAUAAAAUGCAAUAAAUAAAAUAUGUAACUCAAAUCAGUCAAGUUGAAUGUUUUUAACCAAA